AUGCUGCUUCACUGGCUAGCCAACAAUAUUCAAAUUGACAACCUGACACUCAAUUUCAAUGCAUCCAGGGAAGACUAUGGCCUUCAUUUCUAUGGAAACGCUGAUAUCCCCAGUGCGUUACCUUCACUGUCCAGUCUUUAUGUAAGGUACUACUCACUAGGAAAUAUUGGUCGCAAUGACAGCAACAAUGGCGCUAUGGCACUUCCUUAUUAUGUAACUCGAAGAUUCUACAACUCAAGGGGGACUGAGAACAACAGGGACAGGGUCAUACUCAGAGUUAGGAAUGAAGGGUCCAAUCAGCAAAGUGUGGACGAGGUCUAUGUCACACAGCACUAUCCACCAAAUGGAAACAGAGGAAGUGGCUAUGAUCCAGACAAUACAUACCGUGUCAAUGUCAGCCUCCUGAGACAAAUCCAAAGUCUACCAACCAUUAACCUAAAUGUUAUUCCACAAACAUAUCAUGUAGAGAUCAACCACAACAGUCUGCAGAGUCUGAAAAACACCUGGGGACACACAUCUGGUCUGGCGCUUCUUAUGGCUCUUAUAUUGCACUUUACACAUCCCAAUAUCUUAUUUAAGGAGCAAGCUCUUCGUUUAACAUCUCAACCCCAGAGUGGCAUGGACAACCUCAGAGUGGAUGACGAUAAAUCAUUGAUUAAGCUUCAGGUGAAAACCACAGAUAGAGGGAAAGCCAGGAUCAUCUGGAGUGGGAUCCCCAAGAGGCUAUUAGACCAGGGUGUAAUGGUGGUGCUUUAUAAGAGCAAUGGAAAUGAAAGCAAACUAGUCAGGGCCUCGGUCAGGGGCAAGCCUCAGUACCUUGCCCCUGACGGUACCUCAACCCUGGUCUCCCGGUCAGGCUCCACAAGAAGGUAA